AUGGAGAAGGGAUUGAGAAACGCAUCACCCAAUAAUGGAAAACUUAUAACUAUUCUUAGCAUCGAUGGAGGUGGUAUAAGAGGGAUCAUUCCAGCCACUAUACUUGCUUUCCUCGAAUCACAGCUACAGGAGUUGGAUGGAAAAGAUGCAAGACUUGCAGAUUACUUCGAUGUAGUUGCAGGAACUAGCACAGGUGGUCUUGUGUCAGCCAUGUUAACAGCUCCAAACCAAACAAACCGACCUCUCUAUGCAGCCAAAGAUAUCGUACCUUUCUAUAUGGAACAUGGCCCUAAAAUAUUUCCUCAACAAAGGGGUGCAUGGGGAUCCAUCAUGAAGAGUGCGAAAAUGCUUAUUGGACCAAAGUACGAUGGGAAUUAUAUUCGGAAGCUCAUAAAGGAGAAGUUGGGAAACACUCGUUUGAACGAAACCUUAACCAAUAUAGUCAUUCCUACAUUUGACAUCCAACGUCUGCAACCCCUCAUUUUCUCAACUUAUGAGGCGAAAGUUAAUCCAUACUACAAUGCUCAGUUAUCAGAUAUAUGCAUUUCAACAUCCGCAGCUCCGACCUAUUUUCCUCCAUAUUACUUUAAGAACGACAAUGAAGAUGGACGAAACAGUGAAGAAUUUAAUCUUGUUGAUGGUGGUGUCGCUGCUAAUAAUCCGGCACUGGUUGCAAUAAGCCAAGUCACGAAACAAGUGUUCAGCAAGCAUCCUGAUUUCUUCCCUGUUAAACCUACGGAUUAUGGUCGCUUCCUUUUGAUCUCGAUAGGAACGGGUGCAACAAAGAUAACGAACCAAUACAACGCAAAGAUGGCAUCCCAUUGGGGUGUAUUAGGUUGGUUGGUUCAUAGUGGUUCCACCCCAAUUAUUGACGUGUUCACUCAAGCAAGUGGAGAUAUGGUUGAUGGUCAUCUUUCUGUGUUCUUUCAAGCUGUUCAUUCCCAAGAAAAUUACUUUCGAAUCCAAGAAGAUACAUUAGAUGGCAAUGAGGCGUCAGUGGAUGUUGCGACCAAAGAGAACAUGGUGAAACUCGUGGAAAUUGCUGAAAACUUAUUGAACAAGCCAACUUCAAGAGUAAAUCUAAAGACAGGACUGUCUGAGCCAAUGGGAAAUGGGGAUACGAAUGCCAAAGCUCUCAAACGGUGA